GUCAACGUAUUUAUUUGUGGUGUUUCCUGUCUGAGUUGCUCUGUGGUCGUGACACCAGACGCAGCUGUCUCGGAAUGCUGAAGCUCAUGCUGCUGUUCCUGACACUGUCAGGCCUCAAUGCCAUCCCAAUUGCAUCUCUGAGACGUUUGCAAAAAAUACCUCUUGCAAACCAGAUUGCUGAUGGCUUCCAGCAAGGAACUGAGCCCUUCGGGAAGCUCCCAGUUGACCUCGAUGCCAGCCUGGGGCAGGAACACAUGAGUGAACGAGACACACGAGCCUUAACUGGAAAGGGAUUUGGAGAAAUGGAGAGAAGACACUGGUUGAAAGAUGAGGUCCAUGUUGAAGUUCCACUCCAGAAGAAUGGUGGCGGGUGGGUCAGGGUGGAGGAAUAUGCUUCUUCUCAUCUGGCAAGCGGUUUUAAUCAGGGCACUGAACCUUCUCACCGUAUCCCAGAUGGUUUUAGGCAGGGAACUGAACCUUCUCACCGUAUCCCAGAUGGUUUUAGGCAGGGAACUGAACCUUCUCACCGUAUCCCAGAUGGUUUUAAGCAGGGCACUGAACCUUCUCACCGUAUCCCAGAUGGUUUUAGGCAGGGUACCGAACCUGUUCUUACUAUUCCUGAAGGCUUUAGACAGGGAACAGAACCCUCAACCUCCAAAUUCCAAAUAGGGAGUAUGGCAUGUAAGGGGGAAAUCAUCAAUGGUAAUUGCUACGAGUUCAACCCUGCUCCUCUGAACUUCCACGAUGCACAGUCUUCCUGCAGAGGUGUUGCCCCUAAUGCUCAGCUUGCAUCUGUAACAAGUGGCGAUCUACUUUCCCGCCUGGUUUCCAUGGUGACUGGUGGUGGAGAGAACAAUCCUGUGCUGACCUGGCUGGGAGGCAUGGUCAAGAACCAGAAAGCAUCAUGGGUAGACGGGUCAGAGUGGAACUACGAUGACUGGAUGCCGGGACACCCAAACAUUCACGCUAACAAACCCACCUGUGUGGAGAUGUUCAGGGAAGAUCAGAGCUGGUGGACGACUGCUGACUGUGAACUGAAGAGAGCGUCCAUUUGCUCAUACCCAAUUGCUGCAUAAAAACAAAGAGACAACUGAGCAGGAUGCCGUUGUGAUUGUGCCGAUUCUUCGAUAAGUGUGGAGAUGCAGUAAUUCUGUAUACA